AUGUCCGAACGCCCUGCAGACAGCACAGCAUCCACACCACCAGCAGAAUUUCAAGCACCAGGCCCCAGCCCUAACAAUGUCCCGGCUCCAGGAGGUAACAAGCCUUAUUAUCCAGAGGAAGAGUUUCUUAUCUUGGGCCUACGAGCUGGAGGUUUAAGCUGGAUGCAAAUAUGCAUCGUUUUCAAUCAAAGUGUACCGGAAGAGCGCCGCAGAAACCGUAGUGCGAUUAAGAAUAAACAUCGCCGCCUCAAAGAAAGUUUACAGGCAAGUCAAAAGUCCCAACCCAGCCUCUCACAGCAAAGCAACAUAUUCCCACCCUUGCCAAACGCUGAGCGCUAUGGCGCAACAUUCCCAUACAAUCUCUACGAUCCGGCGUUACGCUGGCCCUCUGAAAUGAUUCCCCACAGUCAAACCCAAAAUAGAAAUCCAUCUACGCAUACGGAUGGCAACGCUUCUUUAGUCCGAUUCGGCGGAAGAAUCAAAUUGGAAAUCAAAGACUCAAAAAGCUCUAAGAAAGCAGCCAUGCGCAACUCUCAAGAUAAACCAACAUCGAAUACAGCUAUGACGCCCAAGACAGCCACGGCCCCCAAUCCUCAAAUGCAGAAUGCAGCCAAUCCGGCUCCAUACGCACCUUAUCCUUCCCGUAACGUUGUGGUUCCUUGGGACCUUGUCCGUGACCUCAUUCAGCGUGAAAUGAACUUGAAGGACCAUGUCCACCGUCUUGAGGAGUCGGUUAAUCGUUUGGGCUACAUGAAUCAGCAGGAGAGAAUGGCCUACAACCAGCUUGCGGAGGAGUAUGAUCACUUGAAAGUUUCUUAUACGGAACUGGUUGAACACAAAACCAUCAGUAAACCGGACGAGUACUCUGAUGGUUCUUUCAGAGUUCCGGUUCCAGCUGCCCCAAGCAACUUUGAAAAGAUUCUCAAUUACCAGUAG